AUGGAUGCCUUGUUGGCCGCAGACCGCUGCGAGGAGCUCCGCGAAGUCGGCGUUGUUAACCUCAUUGUCUCAGUCGUCAUUGUCAUUGGGAUGCUCAUCAGCUACCUCCCCCAGCAUUUCCGCAUCAUCAACCGUCGCACAUCCGAGGGCAUUUCGCCCUACUUCGUCCUCCUUGGUACCACUUCUGCCACCUCGGCCUUUGCGAACAUCCUCCUGCUCCCCAAGUCACGCCAGGAUGUGGCCUGCUGCAAGGAACUCGACUCUUUCCACUGCGUCGCCGGUCUGCUUGGUAUUGCCCAGCUUGGUGUGCAGUGGAUCUGCUUUACCUUCAUUUUCGUCCUGUUCCUGGUCUUCUUCCGAUAUAACUCCGCCGACGACGCCGGCGACAAUGAAGUGGUGGACGACGGUCAACCCCGAUGGCAGACGGCUUUGCUGGUGGCCUCGCUGACCUUACUACACGGCCUCGCCGUCAUCGUUGUCACGGGAGUGCUGUCCACCGCAGCGAAGGAUUACCUCGCCAUCUGGGCCAAUGUUCUCGGCGUCAUGGCAGCUCUACUGGCGGGGGUGCAGUACAUCCCGCAGAUCUGGACCACGUACCACCUCAAGCACGUCGGCAGCCUCAGCAUCCCGAUGAUGUGCAUUCAGACCCCUGGCGGCUUUCUCUUCGCGGGUAGCCUGUUCGCCCGCCUCGGCUGGGCUGGCUGGAGCUCAUGGGGGAUCUUCGUCCUGACGGCUACAAUGCAGGGCUUUCUUCUGUACCUGGCCAUCUACUACGAGAUCCAGGCUCGUGCCCGUGGCGCAGACGACCCGAAGUCGCCGUCGCCGAUUCUUGGUCAGUCGCAUUUGCAGGCUAAUAAUGGCUUGGAUGAGAAUACCCCGGGUCGCUACACCUCGCAUCCCGAGAUCUACGCAGCCAGUCCGAACCACCUGCAGACCAUCGUGGACCGCCAGGAGAGCGAUGCCGCCGCCGACACAACACCGCUGCUUAGGCCAGGCGGCAUCGGUGACCCUAAUCGGAACUAUGACACCAACCGGAAUUAG